AUGACCUCGUUGUCUAAGUCGCUGCCGGGGUCUUCGGUUAUCUCGUCUCUACCCCUCCCUGCUCAAUCACUGGAUCCGGAUUUGAAGCAACAACACAUUCAGCAGCUGAGGAGAGUCAGGAUGGGAGAGAAAGAGGAGAUCUCGCCAGCGCGAGAGGCUAGCAUCGAUGAGGGGCAACUUGCUGCUGAGAAGCAGAUGCGCGAUAUCGGUGCAGAUCUGUAUCUCGAAGUCCAGCAAUACUCAAGAGAAGAGCUGGAAGCAGAACGCAAAGUCGUCUUGAGAAAGAUCGAUUGGGUCAUCAUGCCAAUGGUACGUUCUCUCCAUUUCAUUUUCACUAAACCACGAGACAGCAUAGCUAAAGAACCCACCCAGAUCUGCAUAACAUACAUGAUCCAAUUCCUCGACAAACUCUCCCUAAACUACGCAAACGCGUACACCCUAACCCCCGACCUGGGUCUCCAAGGCGACCGCUACGGCUGGGUCGCCGCCAUCUUCAACUUCGGCUACCUCUUCUGGGCUUUACCUGCAAAUUACCUCAUCCAACGCCUCCCAGUCUCGAAAUACACCGGCCUAAUGAUCCUCCUCUGGUCCAUCCUGCUCUGCUGCCACGUCGCAGCGAAAAACUACUCCGGCAUGCUAGCCCUCCGCUUCUUCCUCGGCAUGUUCGAAGCCAGUAUCAGCCCGGCCAUCAUGAACAUAGUCAGCAUGUUCUACCGCCGCGACGAACAGCCCGUUCGCAUGUGCGUGUUCCUCGCUUUCAACGGCAUGGCAACGAUGGUCGGAGCGCUCCUCGGCUACGGCCUCGGUCACGCGCACUCCGCGCAUAUCAAAACGUGGCAACUCAUCUUCCUCGUCAUCGGCCUCUUGAACUUCGUCUGGGCGUGGGUGUUCCUCUGGGUCAUGCCUGAUAGUCCUUCCACCGCCAAGUUCCUGAAUCAUAAACAGCGUAUCGUGGCGAUUGAUCGGAUCGCGAGUAAUAUGAUUGGUGUGAAGACGAAGCAGUUUCAGAAACAUCAGGCGCUGGAGGCCGUGCUGGAUUUUAAGGUGCUGUGUAUUAGUUUGAUUGGACUGUGCUGUGGAGUUAUUAAUGGGGGUGUGUCGAACUUUUCGUCCAGUCUUAUCAGGGGAUUCGGGUUUAGUGGCAUUUAUGCUACGUUGCUUCAGCUUCCGACGGGGGCUAUUGAGUUUGUUGUUGUACCGCUGUGUGGACUUGCAGCGGGUUACUUCAGGGAUACAAGGUGUCUUAUCCUGGCUGUGGUCUGUUUACCGCCACUGGCUGGGUUGCUGGGGAUUCGACUUACGCCGCUAUCGGAACGCUGGAGUCUUGUUGGAUGCACGUGGCUACAGUACAUCAUUGGUGCGCCGGUUAUCUUGUCCUGGAAUCUGCUUACGACGAACAUCGCGGGUCACACGAAGCGUAGUACCGCAAACGGGAUGUGGUUCGUUUUCUACGCGGCGGGCAAUAUUGCAGGAGCGAACAUCUUCUUCGCGAGGGAGGCGCCGCGUUAUUUCUCGGCAUUGACGGGGCUCAUCGUUUGUUAUUGCGCAAUGGUGGUGAUAGGAGGUGUACUGGCUCUGUGGAUGGGUUGGGAGAACAAGAGGAGGGAUAGGAUGUAUGGUCAGGGCGAAGAUGAUCAGGCCAUUCGGGAUGGAUUCAGCGAUUUGACGGAUAAACAGGCGAAGCGUUUUAGAUAUGCGCUGUAG